CCAAGAAUGCCAACCUCAAGCUGCUGUCCUAUCAAUUUCUCAUCCAUAUUUCAUGCUCUGUCUCAGACACCCAGAAGGCUGAGAGAGAGAACAUGUGCAACAUGGACACCAGACGAAGAAGUAAACAUAACGAGACUGAGGUCAGGGGCGGACAUGAAGAGGAAGCUGUCCUGGUACGACCUGGUUGCUCUUGGCGUCGGCGGGAUGCUUGGCGCCGGGGUCUUCGUCACCACAGGCCGGGUAGCUCAUACCACCGCCGGUCCCGCCGUCUUCAUCUCCUACUUGGUCGCCGGAAUUUCGGCCCUUCUUUCCUCCUUGUGUUACACCGAGUUUUCCCUCCAGAUUCCGGCCGCCGGCGGAGCAUUCAGUUACCUGAGGAUCACAUUUGGAGAGUUUGUGGGGCUUGUGGGUGGAGCCAACAUGUUGAUGGAGUACGUGCUGUCGAACGCGGCGGUGGCGAGAAGCUUGACGGAGUAUGCGAGCACGGCGUUUGGAGGGAGGGACGCGGACUCGUGGAGGGUGAAGAUGAGAGCGCUGCCCAAGGGUUGCAGCAACUUGGAUUUCCCUGCCUCUGUCGUCGUCUCCCUUCUUACUCUCUGCCUCUGCCUCGGGACGAAGGAGAGCUCGAUGCUGAACCUUGUGAUGACGAUCUUCCACCUGCUGUUCUUCGGGCUCAUAAUCGUGGGAGGGUUCUACAGUGGGAGCGUGAGAAACCUGACGAGGCCCAAGGGGUUGGCGCCCUUCGGAGCCAGAGGCGUGUUCGACGGAGCGGCGCUGGUGUACUUCAGCUACCUCGGCUACGACUCCGUCUCAACCAUGGCGGAGGAGAUCAAGAACCCGCCCCUCACCCUCCCUCUCGGAAUCGCAGGCUCCGUCGCCAUCGUCUCCUUCCUCUACUGCCUCAUGUCCCUCGCCCUCUCCCUCAUGGUUCCCUACAAUGAGUUGACGGGUUCGGCUCCAUUUGCGUAUGCGUUCGAAAGGGUUGGUGCAUGGAGAUGGGGAAGGGAGGUGGUGGGCGCGGGUGCGAGCCUCGGCAUCCUCACCUCCCUGUUGGUCGCCAUGCUCGGGCAGUCCAGGUACCUCUGCGUUGUGGGCAGGGCUCGACUCGUCCCCUCUUGGUUCGCCAAAGUCCAUCCUUCCACCGGCACUCCACUCAACGCCACCGCUUUCCUAGGCACUUGUACUGCUCUUAUUUCGCUGUUCAUUGAACUGGAUAUAGUGCUGGAGAUGAUCUCAAUUGGUGCACUCUUAGUGUAUUAUUUGGUGCCCAAUGCUCUCAUUUAUCAUCGGUAUGCGAGGCCUGGACUGACUCUAGCCUUCCUGCUGCUUGUGUCUGGAAGCUCAUUUGGGUUUGCACUGUCAUGGAAGCUGAAGAAACACUGGUUACAACUGGCCCUGUUUGGGGGAUUGACAAUCCUAUGUGUAGCAUGUUUCCAAUAUUGGGUGCCCAUGGCGGACGGGCAGCGCCACUGGCGGGUGCCCUUCAUGCCAUGGCCUGCUGCAACCUCCAUAUUUCUCAAUGUCUUCUUGCUUGCAACCAUGAAGAAGAGAGCAUACCAGAGGUUUGUGGUGUGGAGCUGUUUGGUCACCUUGUACUAUGUCCUAUAUGGUGUUCAUUCUACAUACCAUGGUGAAAGAGAGGAAAGGGAAGGGAGAGGGCAAGAUUCAGUCACUGACCAAGUUAAAGUUGAAAUUGAGAUGCCAUAGCUACAAAAUAAGUUGAACCAUGCCAAUCUAACAAAGCAACAAACAAAUAUGUGUUUGUCUGUGUGCAUGAAAGUAGAGAGAGAGAGAGAGAGAGAGAGAGAGAGAGAGAGAGAGAAAGAGAGGGUAGUCUGUAACUUUUGGACUUUAACUUGAGGUCGUAAUUGGAACUAUUUGGGGCAG